AUGGCAGCCUCGACCAUUUCACGCACCCGCACGGGCUGCUGGGCCUGUAGAGCUCGAAGAGUCAAGUGUGACGAGACACACCCCGUCUGUCGUCGCUGCGCGCGAAACAAUCGGUCCUGCGGAUACGGUCUGCGCUUGACAUGGCUCGAGGAAUCGAUCGCCAAGGGCAUUUGCCAUGGACGCAUGGGUGUGUGGUCAAAGAACGGCCAGAAAAAAGGGGAAACAGAUCCGUUGGAUCUCGUCAAGAGUGUAUGGUGCUCCACGCCCAGUCCACACCGACGGUGGAUGUUUCUCCAUACGUCCGUCCACGAUGUGGAACGGUUCUGUGUAGGUUACCAAGGGAGCAAGAAUCACAGAAUAUGGCCAAAAGAUCUAUGGCAACUGUCAAUCUCUCCAGCGAUAAGUACAAAGCCCGUCACAUGCCAGAGUCAAUCCACCGACGACUCUACGCUGCUGGCCUUCUUUGAGACGGUCAUCUGCAGCAGCUCGACCUUGGUGGACAAUGCGCAGUCAAAUCCAUACCGGUAUCUGAUCUUACCCAUGGCGUUCGACUCCGAGGGCAUAUACCAUGCGGCGUUGGCCAUCUCAGCCAAUACUCUGCGGCUCUCCGAAUCGCGGUAUCAUGUCCCUGCCCUGAAGCACCAUCACCGAGCGCUACUCUAUCUCCAGUCUCUCCUCGGCCGAGGUAGUUGGACAGAUAGGGAGAUGAUCGAGAUCCUGGGACUCGUCCUCAUGAUUUGCUGGUUCGAGAUUUCGGAUAAUAGCCGUCCAUCGUGGGUGACUCAUCUCGAUGGAUUACAAAAUGUCAUGUCUGCGCGAAAGAAACAGUGCCAACAAGCCUUGUCAUGGCACAGUCAAGAGCUUCUGGGAUUCUUCGACCGCUACUUCGCCUUCCACCUCGUGCUCGCCCGCACGGCGUUUCGAUGGACGAACCCGCAAACCCAGCCGUGUCUUUCCUCCAUCCCAUUGUGUCCCUCCUCCCCGGAUACUAUCGACCCAUACAUGGGAUUUAGCCACUCUCUGCUGCUCUUGAUUAAUCGUAUUGCUGAUGUAGCGUGGGCAGAGAGUGAUGUGGAUGCUCAGACUGUGUAUGGACUCAAAGAUUCACUGGAGAUGCUCCACCAGACGCCUCCCGAUGGUGAUGUCGACUCGCAUUCUAGCAUGACCAUUGCCGAAGCGAACCGCUUAGGGGCGAUGCUCCUCUUGUAUGAAAUUUGCUCGUCCUCUAAAUUUACCCCUUCGUUCCCGUCCUUUGCCCCUGAGGACAAAAACACUUGUGUACGUCAGAUCCUUGAUCUCAUACAGGCGCACAAGAACAACAUAAUGCGCACCGCUGUGCUGCCUCUGUGGCCUCUUUUCUUAGCAGGCUGCUGCGCCCCGAGCGACGAUGAGCGAGUUGCAGUCUUGCAGCUCUUCGAUGAGCUGGAGGGCAUUCGGCGUUUUGGAAACAUUACACCGGCGAGAGAAGUGAUCGAAACAGUCUGGCGACACCGCGACCUGACAAAGACUGACCUAGCAAACGACAUCAGGGUGGAAAAGGCCACCCGCUUUGAAUGGGAACAUGCCAUGGUGACGCUGGGCGGGUGGAAGCUUGCGUUGACAUAGAUUCAUUCUGGCAUUUACCAUCUAGCUAUGGGGAUGGCUACUACCUACUACAAGCGCGGGCCUCUCUCACGGAUCUUCCGCCCCUUCCAUCCCGUCAGCUCACUCAGCUCCAGUUCCGGGUCC